AGUGUCUUACAUGACAGCUUUGCUAACGGUAUAACACGUGUUUAAAUAAAAUAAACAAUAAAAAAUUUAUAAUAAUUAAUUAAGUAAAUUUAAAAAAAAAAUAAAUAAAGUUGAGUGAAUAAAAAUGAUUUAAAUUGUGAAUUUAAAAAGUGAAAUUUGCGUUAAUUUUUGUUUUUUUUUUUCUUGUCAAAAGUAUUAGUAAUAAUUGAUGAUAAUUUAUAUUAUUUAAAAAACAAAAUAUUCAAAUUUAUAUGUAAUAUAAUAUUAUGUAUUUAAAAAAAUAAUAAAAUGGUUAAAUAAAUUUUUUUAAUGGUCAAUUACGUGGUGGAAAAAUAAUUGAAAAUUUAAAAAAGAAAAAUAGUGUAAAUAAUUGUGUAAAAAAGUGUUGAUAAUAUUUUUUUAAUUGUUGUUAUUGAUUGAUUGGUUAAAUGUUGUGAGAAAAAUGAUGCAGUCAACUUGUCAGCCUCAUCAUCAGGCUCAACAACAGAAUGGUACAUCAACAAAUCGUACGUCGUUUUUAAUUGAAGAUAUAUUAAAUCGAGGAAAUGGACAUUCACAACAUGUACAAGGACAAUUACAUCAUCAAUUUUUACCAACACAUGGACAACAACAUCAUCAUCAUCAUAAUUAUCAACAAUUUGCUAGUUUAAUGCCGGGUUAUCCGACGGGACCAUCAACAGCAGCAUUUUUUCUUGGACCAUUAUUUGGAGCCGGCGGUAUGGGCGUCGGCGUUGUUCCUGGAGUUGGUGAGCUUGCUGCAUUAAAACACUGUCGACGUAGAAAAGCUCGAACUGUAUUCAGUGAUCAACAACUAGCAGGUCUUGAGGCGCGAUUUGAAGCUCAAAGAUACCUAAGCACCCCAGAAAGAGUUGAGCUUGCAGCAGCAUUACAUUUAUCAGAAACUCAAGUUAAAACAUGGUUUCAAAAUCGUCGAAUGAAACAUAAAAAACAAUUGCGAAAAAUAAAUAAUAAUAAUUCUGGUACUAAUGGAAAUUCAACAUCUGGAAAUCAACAAUCCAGACAAUCAUCAACAGCAGCAUCACCAUCAGAAAGACCAGUUGAUUUUUCUAUAAAUGGUGGACGUGAAUCACGAGCAAGUAGUGAUGCAGCAAUUGACUCGGAUUCAGAUGAGAUUGAUGUACUUGGUGAUGAAGCGUCACCCUCACCACCUCAUGUAACUUCAUCAGCUAUUCAUUUGUUGAGACGUACAAUGUCAACUCCACCACAACCACCACCAACAACGACAACGACAACAUCAUCAUCAACAUCAUCAACAACAGUAUUUCAUCGUCCCUCACUUCAUUCUGUCAGCCUGACACAUCAAUCUUAUCAGGAUCAGCCACUUCAACGUCAUCAUCGCUGAGUAAACACACUCAACCCUAUUUCAAAUAUUAUUUUCUUUUUUUUUUUUUUUUGUUAAAUUAUUAUUUCAAUCUUUUAUAUAAAAGAUUAUUAAAAUUACAAAUUUAUUUUUUAUUAUUUAUACAUUAUGAUUUAUAAAUAAAAAAUUAAUAAAUAUAUAUAUUAUAUAGAAAUAAUUGUAGGUAUUGAAAUGAUAUAUAUAAAAAAAAAAAUAUACAGGUAUAUUUCUUACAAAAAUUAUUGUAAAUAAUUAAUCUUCAUUGAACAAAAAAAAAAACGAAAAAAAAACAAU